AGGUUUGCCCGUGGUCUGCGGCGUCGUGAACAGUUAAAUCUACCGAAAAUUCUCGCCCAGUUGGAUGUUGCGAAUUAGGUUCGCGCACCGAACCCUGUAUUAUAAAUAAAUAAUUGUCGUUCGCCGGGCGCAAAAGCUGUCGCAUUUUUUCCUUUAUUUCUGCUUAUAACCGCAUCGAAGUGAAUAAGAUAUGUCUGAAACCGAUUUAUUAGCCGGUGAUCAAAUCGACGGUCUCGAUGGCUUAGAAAACGGUCAGGAUGGCGAUACUCUAAUGCGAGGUGAUGGUGAUCAUAACAGCGGCGAAGCUAACGUUGAUGACCCUGAAUUAGAAGCAAUUAAGGCACGUGUCAGAGAAAUGGAAGAGGAAGCAGAAAAAUUGAAACAAUUGCAAUCCGAGGUUGACAAGCAAAUGAACAUGGGUAGUCCACCAGGCAUCACUAGUCCACUGAACAUGUCCUUGGAAGAGAAAAUGGAAGUAGACAACAGGUCGAUAUAUGUUGGAAAUGUUGAUUAUGGCGCAACAGCGGAGGAACUCGAACAACAUUUCCAUGGAUGUGGUAGUAUCAACAGAGUAACCAUUUUGUGCAAUAAAUUCGAUGGGCAUCCCAAGGGCUUUGCGUACAUUGAAUUUGGGGAUCGAGACUCCGUGCAGACAGCAAUGGCCAUGGAUGAGUCCUUGUUCAGAGGUCGUCAAAUUAAAGUAAUGCCUAAGAGAACCAAUAGACCAGGCAUGUCGAUUACGAAUAGGGGUCCUAGAGGAGCUCGUGGAUUCAGAGGAGCUGCUAGAAUCAGUCGUGGCAGUGCUUAUUUUGGCUGCCGAUAUGCAAGGCGUCCCAGAAGUUACAGGCGUGGAUACUAUAUGCCCUACUGACGGUUGUAGGCCAUCGAUAUGAAGAGAGGUGCCAUCUAAUCAUAUUCAGG